GAGGAAGAGAUGCCGGAGGUAGAAAUAGACAUUGAUGACUUGCUGGAGGUCAACAGUGAUGAUGAGAGAGCCAGCAAGCUCCAGGAAUCUUUAAUAGACUGCUACAAACCAACAGAGGACUUUGUCCGGGAGUUGCUGGGCAGAAUAAGGGGAAUGAGAAAACUCAGUGCUCCAACCAAGAAGGGCCUAUAAUGGCUUUACUGUCUACCAUCAAUCAACCAUAAAAAAACGUCAUCUUAGCUCCACCUACUUUACUCACUCAUGGACCGUCAUCACGCAGAAUAAUUAAUCAAAGCAUCAGUAAAUACACCUGCAAACAUGAAUUAGCACUAACCAUUCAUCACACAUUCAUGCAGAAUAACAAGAUGUAGAAAUUAUUUGACUGUUGAGAGGUAGUUACAUAAAACACAGCCAAUAUGUGGAAAUAGCCAGGAGAAAAUGUUACCUGGAAUGUGCCAGGUCAGCAGCUAUGCUUUAUCAUGAACAUUACCACCUAUAUCCAUAUUUUCAAUCUUUUGAAAACAAACUCUGAAAGAAAACAGCCAUACAGACUAGGACACAGAUAAAACUUGGAGGAGGUGAUAAAGUUGCCACAAGUGUGAAUAUAGCUGUAGCACUACGUAAACACAGUGCUUCAUUAUGGUUUCUAUUUUAUUUGACUGAGGUCUUCUGCUGUUUAGUCUUUUAAAAGAUGUAAUGUAUGUUGACAUUUAUUGUUCAUGUGAAUCUACCGUGGUUUUCAGUUCAUUCUUUUUUGUCAACAAUUUAUCCUCACUGCAUCUAUGCUUGGAAAUGUGAGGGAGCUCUGUAGUGUUAUCUCGAGUUCAUUUAAAAGCACACAACAUAGAUACAUCAAUUCUUUCUGUUAGUGACGUGUCAGCCCGGAUAAGAGUGAUGGGCAUUUUUGCAAACCAGGCGAAACAUAUUGUCAAGAUAUUUUAUUGUGACCCAUUGUCCUGGUAUAUUUUUCACCUCAGCAAGGCAUGAUGGGUGUUGCAGUUCUCUACAUGAGAGUGCAAAAACCUGUAUGAUUGGUAGCCUUUCACUGCUCAUGUGUGGUGUUUUCAUGUUCCUUCAUCUGAGGACAUAUCCGUUGGCUAUUUAGGUUUCAGCUUAAAGCCCAAACAUUGAAGUUAUUUCUCAACAGGUUGACUUAACUGCCACUGGGUCUCUCUGAUAGUGGUUGAAGUUGCCUUUAAGGACAUUCAGGAUCAGUUCACUUUUCCUCAGCACUAAACCUGAACUACUGACAGCCUAUGGGCAAAUAUGGUUUAGCCAUACACUGAGAGGGACUUGAUACUUUAACUCUUAACUUGUCGAGUCUUGUAUCUGAAGGUGUGCCAAAUCUGGGAGUAUUUCAUCUUAAAUGUCUCAUGAGAUGAGGAAUACGUUGGAGAUGGCGCUCCAAAAGGGACUGUUAAAUUUGUGAAAUAUCUUGGUGGGAGGGUGGAGAAUCUUUAAGACGUUUAAAACCUUUUCGGGUUGCAGAGAAUAUGUUGUAAGUGCAUAAUCCCACGUUUAAUAGAGUGGGUUCGGUCAUUUAUUGUUAUUCAUAACAACACACUGACAAACCUGUAAGCUCUGGUACAAUCACGCCUCGGUUAUGGGGCUGGGCCCAGUUUAAUUUCCGAGCAGACACUCGUGAACCAACCGCAGCGGGGGAUAUCUCAACCUGCAUUGUGACAUGCUCUCUGCUGCCAAAGUCAAAAGCAGGGCAACAUUUGAUUUGAACAUACCACCUGUCUUGCAUGCUAAUAACAAAGAAAAAAAGAAAAAAACACUGAUAAAAAGAUAUUCUAACCUUAUAAUCAAGCAAAAAAUAGUUUUCUUUUCACUUAGGUAUGAUGUAUGACUUUGUAGAACUUUUUCAUUUAUAACAACGUGAGCGUCACGUUGGAGAGAAUCCAGGAAAAAAUUAAAAUGGUGCUGUUUUUGAUGUUCUUCCCAGAGUUUUUGUCGUUUAAAAUGCAUUUUUAAUGUCGAGUGAUGAUAGAAAAACGUGCGUGUAAGAGACGUCUUAAAUGGCAUCCUCUUCAUAUGUCCUUCUCUCAGUCAGACCUGAACAGAUCUGGUUCUGUGUCAUCUCAAAGAGCAAGUAGUUAAAUGUGCAGCUAUGCAUUUGUUGUGUUUUUUUCUCCAUCAUUUGUUUGUCAGCUCUGAACUGGAAGGAAAAGUUGAAGAGGAAGCCAUUGUUGGAAAGCGAUUGCAUUCAGGAUUCAUGUAUGGUACUAUGUGAGAUUUCCUACCAAGAAAGAGUUCAGGGGCAAGAGGCUGAUAUUUUUUAUUAAUGGGAUUUCAUAUGGAGAGUGAAAGUGACCAUAUUAGAAAGCUUUACGUUUGCAUGAAUUUUUAAAGUAGCAUGUUGAGGGGAUCACUUGGCCUGAAGAUUUUUAUUUCACAAGAUAAACACUUUCCUUUUUUAUACCUUUAUUAUUAUUACUAUAAUCAUUAUUAUUAUUAUUGGUCUAUUGAGUUUUUCAGCUCAACUUUUGUUUCCGUACAUCCACAAUGAGCAUUCUUGUUUCUGAAAUGUAAUGUGGUGUGUGGUUUGUUUUGCUGAUAAUAAAAUGGAGAAUGACUCUGUACUGUUCAGAA